UCCUCGUUUCAAGAAUAGACCCCCUGACGUCAGAAAACAAUGUAACAUCUCAAAAUACAUACGUGUUAGUACAUGUCCCACUGUGUCACACGGUUGUGUAUUUACGAAUAGAACGGAUUAUUGUACCCUAAUUUAAUAAGUAAUAAUGGACAUUGAUGAGGAUUACGACACCGAACAAAGUGAUUACGGCGAUAUACCUAUAGUAGAAUCUCCGCACAGUGGCUUAGAUGAGGAUCAUGAAAACUGGUCGGAUGUAAGCACAGUUGAAUUAGACUUAUCGAGUAAUAGAUUAGAAGCUAACAUGGAAGACAUACCAGUGCCCUCAGAAAACACAUUUGAUGUGACAUUACCAGCAGCACAUUCUUAUUUAGGACAAAAUUUAGAGGAAGUGAGAGGAAGAACUAUACUGGAUGAUGGCAUUUAUAUGAAUCUACCAUUAUUAGUUAAACAGUCUGUGUUAUUUCCCGGACAAACAUUGCCCAUGACAGUUUUUGGCACACAGACUAUAGAGAUGUUACAGAAUUGUAUACAAAACGAUCGCACUUUUGGUGUCGUAUGUUACGGUUAUCCAGAAAUGGAACGAAUAGGAACAACUGCCGAGAUUUAUGAAUACACGGAUGGAGGUAUAUGGUUGGAUCAGGGUCGACGAGAGUUUCGUUUAAAAGCAAAGGGCAGGCAACGUUUUAAAAUAUUACGUAUUAUUUCACAGGACAACAAUAAAAUUUCGGCCAAUGUUAAAGUAUUACCAGAAAUAACGCUUGAACCACCAUUUUUGGACCAACGAUUAACUUCAUUGGAUCAUUUAAGAAUUUCUAUUGAGUCCGAAGAAGACUUGAAAAAGCAAGAGAGAAUAGAAAACUUGGAUGCUGCUCUAACUGCUUGGCCAGCUUGGGUUUAUAGACAAUAUGAUCCUAUAAGGCUCUCCUUUAGAAUACGUCAGCAUUUACAAUUUCUUGAAACUAGAGGUGGUAGUGUACCUAAAGAUCCAAUAGAUUUGUCUUUCUGGGUUGCACAAAAUAUUCUAAUGGAUCACAAUGAGAGACUCAUGUUGUUAACGUAUGAUUGUGCUAUUUCUCGAUUGCAAAGAGAAAUAAAAUAUCUUGUAGAGGAUAAAAUAUAUGUAUGUGUUAAUUGCGAAUCCUUUAUUGGGCGACAGUCACACAUGUUUCCAAUGAAUAAAGAAGGCCCGCAGGGUACUUACGUCAAUCCCGGUGGUGUUAUACAUGAAACUAUAACUUUUUAUCAUGUUCAAGGAGUUGUACUUAACAAUUCGGAUCCUUCAACAGAGUAUAGUUGGUUUCCAGGAUAUGCUUGGACAAUAGCUAUCUGUAAGGGAUGCCGUCAUCACGUCGGUUGGAAGUUUACAGCGGUGCAAAAUAAUUUAAGGCCCAAAGAAUUUUGGGGUCUAACACGCAGGAGUUUGAAAAAUAAAGACUUGAAAGUUAAGAAGAAAAAAUAAGAGCAAAAUAUUGAUAUACAUUAAGCGUCAUAAAUGUUUAUUUGGCAGUCAAGUUAAAUGGAUAUUUUUCAAAAUAGUCAUUGAUAUCUUGUAUAUUUUGGUGCUUUUUACUUAGUAACACAAGUCGACACAAGCAUCGUUCUAUCUUUUUUUUAUGUACAAUGAGUAACAAAGAUAGAAUGAUACUUGUGUCGAUUGUCACUAAAUGGAAAGUACUCAUUGAUAACUGAUAGACAAAAUGACUGUAAAUGAUAAGACAAAAAUCUUAAGAAUAAUAAAAUUGGAAUUAAAACUUGUUUUUUUAAUAAUUAUAAAUGUUUAAAUAUUCAUGAAUGUUUUAGGCAUUUUUAUUCAGAAUAACAAAAUUUUUGUGAUGGUUUUGUUUUUAAGUUAUAAUACUUAAAUAUUUAUGUGCCCCAGGCACUUUCUACAACAUUAUUUAAACAUUUAUAAGACAGCCUUUAUUUUGAUUUUGUUAGUCUUAAUUUUUAUUUUAUUUUAUGCAGAUUUAUUUCUAAAAUUUUCUGCCAUAUGUCGAAAUGUAAUUGGUAUUAUUUUAAAACAUGUUAAUUGAUAAUUCGCCAAAAGAUUACAUUUUAUGAAUGAUUUUUUUAUAAAAGAAAAAUCACACUUAUUUGAAAAAACUAUUUAGUAUAGUUUUGUAAAAGUGCAGGUUAGAAUUUUUUAAAAUACGAGACAUAAUACAAGAUACUAGUCUGUUUAGUUAGUUCAAACUUUUAUAUUUUUAAUCCAUUGAAAUAAAAUAUGUUCAAUCU